UCUUUUUUAUCCAGUAGCUAUGCCUCACCUUGCCUGCGUAUUACCGUGCAGCUGACACAUCUGUUGGGCAAUUGAGAAUAUUGCAACAUCGUUUCGUCAUGGCCAGCUGGGAUGAUGAAGAUUUCCAGCCUUCCCUUCCUGCCCCGAAAAUAACUGAUAAAUGGGAGGGAGAAGAUGAAGAGGAAGUGAAAGAUAGUUGGGAGGAUUUCGGCGAAAGCGCUGAAAAGGAGCCGAGUGGGGAUAAUCCACCGGAUAAAGCAGCAGUCGAAAAAAAGAAGAAGAAAAAACUCGCUUCAACCAUUGCCGAUAGAGAAAAGAAACAGAUAAGUGAUCUGAAGAAGAAAGAAGAGGAAUCCGAAGAAGUGGACGAGAAACCGUUGACAGAAGCUCAGCGCAUAGCUUUGGAAGAAGAGCGGGAUUUAGAAAUUGCUCGGGAAACUUUUGGAAUUGAAAAAGAUGAGGAUGCUUGGAACGUUCCGUUGCGAACCGAAUCUGACCUCCAGGAAUUCCGCAAGAAGUUAGUCGCGAAAUUGGAGAAACAUACCACUCCUCCUUCCGUGUAUGUCGCAUUUCUUGAAGACCUCGUGCGAGACGUUUGCAUAUCGCUCGAUAUGGAUGAUGUUAAAAAGCUGAGCGCUACGGUCAACGCUGUCCACAACGAAAAGGUGAACACCGCAAAAGCCGGUGGGAAAGCCAAAAAGAAGAAAGGUCGCGCAGUUUUGAAUCCCGGCUCAAGGAACGUUCAGGAUGACGACACUGCAUUUUACCGCGGUGGUGGUGGAUACGAGGACUACGACGAUUUCAUAUGAUUCGAUGUUCGAGGGCUAUUCUUCUCUGCUGCGUAUUCGGUUCCUCGAGAAGAAUAUAACCUUCUGCUGGAACUCUCGAGUGUAGCCUCUGUUCUUGAAAUGUUUCUGUCUUCGAGCAUAUGUUGCUUGUCUCCAGUGAUGGGAUAAUAAAAGGCCCGGGAAGAUUCA